GACACGGACGAGAUGUUCCUGCCAGUGAAUACAUAAAAGGCGUUUUUAUUAAUAAUAUAAAAACAAGCCCGGCUUCUUGUACACACUUGACGGUAUUGCGUGUGUAUUUUUCCCGUAGCCAGUGGCGUAGUCGUUUUUUAUUUUUCAGGUUUUUCGACGGGUUCUUUUUCUUUUUUUCUUUUUUUUUCCCUCCCCCUUUACAAAAUGUUCCCGUUGUGAGUCGCUCGCUAAUCGAGCUGCUGGCUAACAGAGCAGUGAGGAGCUAGUUAGCUCUCUAUCGGAGUGGAGAAUGGGAGAAAAGCUGGAGCUCAAGCUCAAAUCCCCGGUGGGAGCGGAACCCGCUGGUUAUCCAUGGCCGCUACCAGUAUACGAUAAACACCACGAUGCUGCUCACGAAAUCAUCGAGACCAUCCGGUGGGUGUGUGAGGAAAUCCCUGACCUCAAACUGGCAAUGGAAAAUUAUGUUCUCAUCGAUUAUGACACCAAGAGCUUUGAGAGUAUGCAGAGACUUUGUGACAAGUACAACAGGGCCAUUGACAGCAUCCACCAGCUGUGGAAGGGGACCACCCAGCCCAUGAAGCUAAACAAACGUCCAUCCAACGGGCUGCUGAGACACAUCCUGCAGCAGGUGUACAACCACUCAGUGACCGACCCCGAGAAGCUCAACAACUACGAGCCCUUCUCCCCCGAGGUUUACGGCGAGACCUCGUUUGACCUGGUGGCUCAGAUCAUCGACGAGAUGGAAAUGAUGGAAGAAGACACGUUCGUUGACCUCGGCAGCGGAGUGGGGCAGGUGGUGCUGCAGGUUGCAGCGGCAACCAACUGUAAACACUACUACGGUGUAGAGAAAGCAGACAUUCCAGCUACCUAUGCAGAGACCAUGGAUAAAGAGUUUAAAAAGUGGAUGAGAUGGUAUGGAAAGAAACAUGGAGAGUACACACUGGAAAGGGGUGAUUUUCUAUCCGAAGAAUGGAAAGAAAGGAUAGCCAACACAAGUAUUAUUUUUGUGAAUAACUUUGCCUUUGGUCCAGAAGUAGAUCACCAACUGAAGGAGCGCUUUGCUAACAUGAAGGAAGGAGGCAAAAUUGUGUCCUCCAAACCCUUUGCACCUUUAAAUUUUCGAAUCAACAGUCGGAACUUAAGUGAUAUUGGCACAAUAAUGCGUGUGGUGGAACUCUCUCCAUUGAGGGGCUCGGUAUCGUGGACUGGAAAGCCGGUUUCCUACUACUUUCAUACCAUAGACCGCACUAUACUUGAAAACUACUUUGCCAGUCUAAAAAAUCCUAAACUCAGGGAGGAGCAAGAGGCAGCUAGACGACGUCAACAAAAGGACACAAAGGACAGCAAAAGCACUAACACCACCCCUACAAAAACCAAGGAGCAAAACAAGCAGCAGCAGCAGCAGGACUCCUGUGGCGAGGAGGAGCGCCCCAGCUUGGUGACCGUGGUGAAGCCCACUCCCAAGCCCAGAAGAACCCGGCUGUUGGCCAAAGGCCGCAAGCUAAACAACAAGAAACGCGGUCGACCCAAGAAGGCCACCCCUGCUGCUGAGAAGAACAAGAAAAACCAGAGCGCGUUAGAUCUGCUGCAUGCGAAGACCCUGUCAGCGGCACCACCUCAGGAUGCAUACCGGCCACCUCAGGCUCCCUUUUACCAGCUACCUCCCAAGGCCCAGCACUAUAAUACCAGUCAGCUGCUUCUGAGCCCAACUCCUCCAGGUCUCCAACAACUACUUGAUAACAUCAAAGUCCAGUACCUCCAGUUUAUGGCUCACAUGAAGACUCCUCAGUACCGCUCCAACCUGCAGCAGCUUUUAGAGCAGGAGAAGGAAAAACACAAGGAUCUGUCAGGACAGGCAGAGCAGCUCCACUUGGUCUGUCAGUCCCACAAGGACAAGAUUAAAGGACUCUUCCAAACCAAACUGGACGAGCUGGGAGUCAAGGCUCUGACUGUGGAGGACCUCCUUCAGGCUCAGAAGGAGAUAUCGGCCCACAACCGUCAGCUGAAAGAGCAGACUAAGCAGCUUGAAAGAGACAUGGUUUUGCUGAGAGACCACAGUCUGCUUCUGCUGAAGUCUCGAUGUGAGGAGCUGAAACUAGACUGGGGCUCUUUGUGCUUAGAGAGUUUGUUAAAGGAGAAGCAGGUGCUGCGCAGACAGAUCUCUGAGAAACAGAAACACUGCUUGGAGUUGCAGAUCAGCAUUGUGGAGCUGGAAAAGAGUCAAAGACAACAGGAACUGCUUCAGCUGAAAAACUACAGCCCUCGUGAUAGCUCCCCCUAUAGGAAGAGCCUGGAGUCGCGCAGUUCCACAGAGAUGGACACUUCGAAGCUCGCCAUGUCGUCCGCCCCUGCACUAAACGGCAUUAGCCCUGAGCUUUCUGUGAACGGGACUAGCUCGCCGUGUUUCGACCGUGCUAACACGAAAGUAGAGCUUUCUCGCUACAUUCCCAUCUCUCCAGACCACGAGGUGGUUGCCUCCACCCCUGAGGCGCGGCAGAGGCAGCAGAGCUCCUCCCUUCCUGACUACACUCGCUUCUCACCUGCCAAGAUUGCCUUAAGGAGGCACCUCAACCAAGACUCCUCUGCUCACCUAAGAGGAUCGGGCUUAAUGACGCACAGGGAACUGGGAGGUGUUAAUUCCCCUCAUGGAGCCAAACAAAACUGUCCUUCUCCCAACGCAUCGGAUGCUCAGUGUAACGGGAAGAUCUCUGACAGGAGUGGUAAGGAGAGGAGCCAGUCUGUUCAGGGUGACAGCAUCACGAGCCUACCAAUCAGCAUCCCUCUCAGUACUGUCCAUCCAAGUAAAUUACCCGUCAGCAUCCCACUGGCCAGCGUGGUGCUGCCCAGUCGUGCUGAGAGACUUAGAAAUACUCCCAGCCCUGUGUCUCAAUCAGGUCAGAUCAAUGGAUACUCAUGUAGCUCAAUGAAUGGAGGUCCCCACCAUGAGGACCACAACGGUGCUUCUUUAUCACCUCUUCCACACAACAAUAGUCCUUUGACUGGGCCAAUGGGUCGAGGCGGUCCCAUCCAGAGCCCCUCGCUCAGCACCGGAGGCGUGCUCCAAUACGCCGACGCACCUCCCAGGAUUGCCCCCGAAGACGGAGCGGACCGCCCAGGUGGGGAAUCAGACACAGAGCUGCAAGGAAGCGAACUCCGGAGGAAGAUUUUCUUCUAUCCUUCCCCCUCUUCAUCUUCGUCUUCCUCUUCAUCAGGCAGCGGAAACUGCGUGACUGGGGCAUCACGCUUCCAUCAUUACGCUGGCUCAGCCAAGCAGGGAUACCACAGUAACCACGGAAACCACCACCACCACCAGUCUCCCAGCACGCAGCAUGCACACACGCCCACACACACGUCAUCCUCCCACAGCUUCAGCUCCCAGGAGGGGCGUAGGCGUGGGAGGAGGAAACGCAGCUCCACCGGGGCAGCUGCGUCCAGCAGCUCCCCGAAGAGGCGCUCCUUCACCGGGGUCGGCUCCAACAGCCACUCGUCAGGAUCGCCGCUGAACAUUAACUCCAUGGUGAACAACAUCAACCAGCCUCUGGAAAUCUCCGCCAUCUCUUCUCCAGAACAAUCAAGCUGCAGCCCCCACGGGCUUGACCUGGACCAGCCCCCCAUCUUAAAGAGAGAGCGCCCCCUGGAGCUCAAUGGUACCGGUCGCUACUCGACCACCCCAAGCUCUGAUGACGAGGACUCAGGAUAUCCUCCUGACAGCUCCAGCUCUCGCAUUGAAAGAAAAAUCGCCACCAUAUCGUUGGACAGCAGGGACGGACACGGCAGACUGGGUGAUGGGGAACGAGGAAGGAAAUCUUGUAGCAGCAGCGGUAACAGCACAGGCAGCGACGCUUCCUCGUCAUCCUUUUGUUCAAACAGCAAGUGGAAAUCGACCUUUUCGCCCAUAUCGGACCCCAAGCAGCCCAACUCUGACAUGAGACAGGGCGGGUCGCCAUUCAGCACGGGGGGGUCGAGCCGCAGCACCGACUCGGAUUCAGACUACAAGCAGCAGAACGGGAGGAAAGGGGGCGACGGGGAUUCCUCCGGCUACAUGACCCCCAACCCUUUCCUCAGUCAGGACUCGACCACAUGGGGCGCCAGCAAUGGCUGCGGCGUCCAGGGAGGGACCGGGUGCGACCAGCGGCAGGUGCUCCAGAAGCAGAAGGCUCCCCGCGACUGGGAGCUGAAGACCAGCCUGGCCAGCCAGAACCUCUUCAUCGCUGCCGCCGCCAGCAGCGGAGCGGGCAUCAUGAACGGCAAGGUGGGAGGCAGCCCCGUGGCCGUUUCCUCCACCACCGGGUCGUCCAUGGGGCCGUACCUGGGCUCCCAGUUCCCACUCGGCGGCACCUCGGUCCUCCAGUCCCUGUUCGGGGCCCAGACGGGCGUCUCCACUGUGAACGGGACCUCCAGGCUGAUGAACGGACACUCUGCCCUGGGCAGCUUCUCCAGUGCCGGGUUGGCAGGGGGAGCAGCAGGAGGUAUUUUUCAUCAUGUGGUUCCCUCAGCGUCCUCCCAUCAGUUUGGGGUGGCGCUGUCCGCCUCUGGAGGCCUCAGCUCUCUGCUCGGUCUCUCCUCCUCUUCCUCUGCCUCCUCCCAAACCCAGCAGCACCCCACUCCUCCGCCUGCCUCCACGCGCCUGACCAAUGUGUCUUCAGCUCCCUCCCCCUCGCUGUCCCAGGCCCAGCACACAGGUCGCACGCAGUCAGUCCUGCACAGCCCCUCGCCUCCCGCUCUCUCCCUGCCCCCUCCGCCUCCCCUUCACAGCGUCCCGUCCUCCUCCUCCACGCACUCUGACGCCUCACGUCCGCCCCAGACGUCUCUCCAUCACCAGAGGAUACAGUUGUCGCUCUCACUCUCAAUCACCGCCUCCUCUACCGCUUCAGCCUCCAUCUCUACCACCGCCGCCGCUUCUCCCUCCCUUCCCUCUUCCUCUCUGUCCUCCUCCUCCUCGUCCUCGUCCCGUCCAUUCGCAGUGCACUACUCUCCCCGGCUGCCCCUGACCCCGCUGACCGGCGGCUCAGGUGGCGGCGGGGCCGUGUGGAGGACUCAGGGCAUGCACGGUCCCCACGUCACCUCCCACAUCCCCAGCUCCCGACCUAGAUAGCAGUUUGGGCCGAGGGGCAGUGGGGAGGAGGGGAUGAAGAGGGGAAGGGCGGAGGGCAGUCAGAGGGUGGAUAGAGACAGAUAGGGAGAGAGAGACAGGAUACCUGUUUUCCCUGUUUUCCUACAAGCUGUUGUUCUGAAUGAACAAGGUAACUGAUGAGAACUACCUCAACACCAAAUAAACUAUGCAAAUGUCCAGAUGUGGACCAAGGCACACUCCUCAGUCACUGGUGCUUCGAGACCGUCUGCACUACCCAACCGCCUCCAAGACCGGCUUCUCACGGGGAAAAUCUGGGACAUGCGCUCACACUAAGGACCCCUGUGGUCUCCCGCAGCAGAACCUGUAGUUUCAAGGUCAAUGUUUUGUUGUCAGUAUGAAAAAUGUAAAAGAUCUGGAAGUCAGCCCUGAGAGAGAGAGAAAUCAUUUUAUCAGUUUCAUCUCAGAUAUGAUUGUGGAUCAUUUGCUUGUUAUGGGAACAAGGAAGGGAUAAAAAAAACAUCAAAUUACAUCCUGAAGCACACAUCAUGUGAGCCGGAUCUGGUGCCGCUUUCCUUCCAAAGCUUCACUUCAUAUGUGUGUGUUUAUACUCAGACAUGCACAACACAGAGGCAGUUUACUGAACGGGGCUCAGAUAUAUCACGCAGCUCUGCCUCGCAGCAUGCAUGUUCACCCUUCCCUGUUUUCCUCCCUCUGACGUUGAGCUCGUGUUGCAUCUUUUUAAAAGAGCGCGAAACAACACGAGGAUGCACUGUGUGUCAGGAUGAUGCAGAUGUCUCAGCAGGUUGAUCGACUCCCCGUUAUGGUUGUUUUGAAAACCAAAAAAAAAGAUCAUUUUGACUUCCUCAUGCGUUGAUUAUGAAUUACACUUCAGUUGGAAUGAAUUAGACCAUUGAAAUGAGGUAUUAUUGACAUUUUUUACAGUUCAGUUCUCCUAAUCAUACAGCUAAUGUUUGACAAACAUGGAAAACACCUGGAAACGUUAAAACGAUCUUCCAAUUUUAGUCAAUUCCUUUUUUUUAAGAAAAUUGGUUCUCAUUAUUAGCCAAGUUUGAAUUUCAUUAGCUGAGAUGAAAUGAGAUGAAAUGAGAUGAAAUUCCCCCGUCUGAAAUGGUGCUGUGUGUUGACGUAGCUGCUCUCUAGCGGCGGGCUAAAGCUGUAGAGUUUAGUUGAGGUUUAGGGAGUAGCUUCAAAGCAGGUGAGAACUAGACAAUUCAACUAGUUUCUCUAUUUAUUAACAUUUCUGUUCCUAAGUCAGUUUGAUAAGUCACACUACUACUUGGAAUAAUUUCUGCAGCCGAGGUUUUAAACCGGUCGUAAGCUCAAUUCUGCCCUAUUUCUAGUUGCUGCACGUAGUGAAUCCAGCCACGCACACAUACCCAAGGCAAACAGAGGCCUCACACACUGGGCAAAGCAAACUAAAAUUCACAGGAAACACAAGAAACUACUGGACUCCCUUCACACCUUUAUGUUUGCUCGUUAACAAUGUCAUUUUUUUUGUUUUGUUCUGUUUUUGUUUGUAAACAAUGUAUGUACUGUGAAUGUGAUUCAUUCUCCGACUGUACAGUUGUGGAUAAUUUAGAAGAUUAUUAUUUAUGCUGACCGUCUCUCCUCUUUCCCUCGGUGUUUGUUUUUCACUUUGAAUUGCGUUGACAAAGUAGAAUGCAAUAGUGUGUGUGUGUGUUGUGUGUACUUGACUCACAGUCUGAAAACAAUGGUGCUACGUUUGGACUGUGCCUGAUCUUAUUUAUUGUAAAUUGAAAUCAGAAAAGAAAAAAAAACAAACAAAACAAUUUGAAUACUUGGUGCUCUACACAGGAACAUUCGUCGGGCCGAUUUUUUUUUUUUUCUGACGUUUCUUUUCUCGUAUUUAAAAUGCUGUCGUCUCAGAUUUUAGCCUAGUGUACAGCAGUAGAUGACGCCGCUCUAGUAGCUGCCUCGGGUUUUUUUUUUUUGAGUAAAUAGGUGUUGAUGUUUCUCCUAGUAAGGACGUUUUUUCCACACAUAGACUGCGUUUUUCUCUCAGAAGUGAGCUUCUUAUCUCUCAGUGAAUAAGACACACUGUUUUUAUAUUUCUUUUUUGUUGUUGUCAACCAUCAAAGUUUUUUAUAAAGUAUGUAUCUAUUUACAAUACAUCUAUAUAAGUAAAUAAAUAUAUAUGUAUAUAGUUAAAUAUAUAUAUAUAUAUAUACAUAUAUAAAUAAAUAAAUAGUGAUGAGGGAUGUUUGGUGCUCCUAUUCUGACCCUUAUUUUCAGCCUGUUUUUUUUUAAACAGGAGGCUUGAACCAAGCUGAGCAAAGCAUUACCACCUCGGGACCUUAACACGGCAGCACAGCACCGCCUGAAUCUGUGUGACGUUAACGAAGCUAUAGAUACUCCCAGUCGUGUGUUUUCAUACCUGAACACACACACACCGGUGCUGUAGCACUAGAACUGUUACCACUUUUCAUCAGGUGUUUUCAACUCUUCUUUGUUUCUCUUUUUGUUUUGAACCCAGAUUCAGCAAAAGAUGAAACAUUUUUUUUUUUUUAAAUGGUGCUUCAUGUUUUCAAUGCAACGUCGGUUCGGUUUUUACAACUAGGUCUUAACUUGGUGCAUAAAACGCCGCGUCGGCGUCUCCCUCUCUCUCUCUCUCUCUCUCUACCCUCCACACACUCGUCUCGCGAUAUCUUCCUGACGCUUUUGUCAAGUGAUCGUGUUGUGUAACCGCUCCUACCAGUGCAUAUCUAAAGGGAGGAUGAGAGUAAUAUUGAAAGCUUUAUAGUCCAGCCUCCUUACCUGUCCACCUUCCCCGUGUUUAACAAGCGUUCUCCUCACCUGUGAGUGUUUUAAACCAAGAGAGGAAAGUCGUUUUCAGACGUAGUUAGAUACUAGUCCAUUUGUUACCAGCACUGAGAGGUAUUUUGUAAUUAUUGUUGAUGCUGUUUUUGGAUUUUAUUUUAUUUUUUUUUUUCCCCCCUCCCUAUUCUUGGUGUUUGAUACAACUGCGGUUCCAUGUAAUGCUUUUUAUGGUGUAAGCAGAUUCCUGUCAGGUUUUAUUACUACUAAUCAGACGGACAGCACGGCGCUCUCCCUCCCUUAACGGAGAAGGAGCUGCAGCUUUUGAUAGAUGCUAACCCUUCUCCCGCUGCGCUGCAGGGUCUCAUGGGUCAGACAUGUUCAGUCCGAGCUCACUCGGUGGCUUUUCUGACGCUCCGGUCCGACUCGUGGAGCUUUUCUCUCGGAGGCGAUUUGACGCAUGCGCCACUAAGAAACGCUUGUGCUAUAAAAGGUUAGAUGUGCUCGUUAUCGCUUUCAAUCAAUUUUGUAGUUACUAAAUGUUUUUUGUUUUGCUUUAGGGGGUUGUCAUUUGAAAUUAAAGCCUUUUAGCAAUACUCCCGGUACGUCUGGAAGAUCUGCGAGUUUUUGCGCUCAAGGCCAUUUACUUUAAAUCCUGCCAAAGGUCUUAACUCAGGAACCUUCCAACAGUUUUCUAUCAACUCGUGUUUUAUAAAAAAAAAAAAAAAAAGUGGCAUGGCGGAGUCCCUCUAGAUACCGAGCUCAGGACUUAAGAUAACUCAGUGAGCAUGUUUUAAAGCAAAAAUUCUGUCUGCGACACAUCCUCAGACUGACUCCCGCCGGCGCAUGCGUCGCCCCCCUCUAGCUCCACCAGUCGCCGUGAUCUCAGGAAAGCCAUGAAAUGUGCUCCGACAUCUUCCUCAUCUCACAAAUGCCUCUGUCUGGAGGUGUGUCACCGCGAAGGAGGGUUCAGAGUCCUCUGUCCGGGUCCCUUUGACUGUCGGGACCGGCAGCGGUGGACGGCUACAGCCUAAGCGGCGCGUGUGUGUGUGCGCGCGCGCGCGCGGUGACCUGUGAUCGGUGAAGCCAGGGGCGAGUUCGAGGUGCAAUAAUGGCAAACCUACUUUCCAAAAGGCCCUGGGGUUUUCCUGAAACAAUUGUUACUGUUUGAUGUUGGUGCUUCUAUCCUAUGAUGUUAAACAAAUGGAAUUAGUGUUUUUUUUUCUUCCUGCCUUUUAUGUUUAUGAAUAAAAAAAUGUUUCCUAUGAUUGACAUA